GAAAGCACGGCUGUUUGAACUGUUGCCACGUGAUAUACCGACCGCCUUAAUCCCCAAUAUUCUGCCAUCCGCCAAAAGAUAGUGCCGAGAUCCAGCUUUCAUCCCCUCAUCCAGUCCAUCUUCAUCUUCGUCUUCGUCUUCCACCUUCUCCACAAAAUAAUCUCACAUCAAGCACCAUCAAAAUGGAGGUAGCCAAGAACCCUAUAGUCGAUAUUGUGAGGCUGGCUCCUCCCAAUGGUGACCCGCCUAUGUAUAUGCAAUUAAUAAAUAAAAUAUUUAUCGAAGACCAGCCCUCACCAGAGCUGCGGGUGGAACUAUUGACACUUCUCGAAGACCUUUUGCAAAACAAAGGGCUCGCAGAUCUCAUAGGCUGGGAUCUUGUGCCUACGUUAAUUGAUAUUCCGGGCUCAGAAUCUUGCUUGAUCACGAUUGCACGACUUGCCAAUCCUCGCGAAGUUAUAAUAUCGGUCCUGGCGGAAUUGAAAAGGCUAGACCUGGAUGGAAUCGAAGAUGACUGGCAUGGGGAAGAAGUUCGAGUUGAAGACCAGAAUAAACCAGCGGCAUCAAACGACCUUGAUCGAUUCUGUUUCAUCCUUAGCCUUCUUUCUAUCAUUCACCCUCGAAUCAAAACCAAGCAUCCUUCACGCUUUUUAGCAACCACCAUACAUGCCAUUGUGCAAGCGUUCCAUCCUUCACACCGAGCUGUUAUGGCGAUUGGCAAGUUUGCGCAUAUAGUCUCUGGAAAGAAGCGACCUACAUUACCGGGAAGGAAAUCCAGUCUCAGUAUCGCCAGCGUUAUGCGCCCAGAGAUAGAAUCAAAUCUGCCUCCGGCACCCGACCCAGAAGCACAAGAAGAGGAUACGUACGAAUCUGCUAUACAGAAGAAGCUUCUGCAAGGACUUGUAACGCAUAUGCUGGAAAUGUACAUCGAUGUUUAUCCUUUGGAAUGGGCUGGGAGAUUGCAGGAAUCAUUUGAUCCAAAAAGAGUUGUAGCAGGUAGAACGAGUUUGGCAGAGGCCUUUCAAACCACGCCCGAGUAUCAAACUCGAGAAACAGUUGCCGGUCAGCUUGUCUCUCUAUCUCGCGAUCUCGAAUUGGCCAAUUACGAUCUUUUGUUCGAUACUAUCCACUCAAAAGAACCUAUUGCACAUGCUCCAAAUCCCGAAGAUGAUUUACCGGACUCACCUGAAGAUAUCCCACUUUCACCUGUUGGCUGCCUAUUCCUUCUUACUUCUCUCAUAUUCUCAUCAGUCAUGUUCAAGUCGAAGACACCAGAACCAAUCAUGUCUAUAUUCCCUGACCAUGCCAAAUUGGUUGCCCGAUUUUUUGAAUCUGCAGCUGGCUCAUCUAUUGCCAUUGUUGAUGCAGUAGUCGCAAUUGGGUUAUGGUUAGAACAUUCAAAUAAAUUUGUUUCUGGGGAGUUUAAAGACAAUGACUACAUGGCACAUUUAAGGGCUUUAUCAUUAUGGUCUGCCACAAAUCCUUCUCCUGGCCUCCGUUAUUGCACACACAAACUAACCUCUGCCAUCCUACAUGCCCAUCCUGUGGAUGCGAUGAGGUUGACUUUUAUCUCGAAGACACUGAAGGGAUCUUCGGAUGAAAUCGGUGCGAUAGCACUCAAGGCAUCUGCAAUUACAUGGCUCAAGGAAGAGUUAAUUACAGCCCAUGAGAGGAAAACACAAACACUUUUCUCUACAAACUCCGCACUUUUGGAGACACAAUCCCAAAUCUUCCCAAAUCUUUCGUCGCUUGUCAACAAACCUGAGGAAGAAACGAGUGAUGAGUUGAUAGAGACCUUUUCAGUCCACAUGGCCGCACUCAAUUUUCUAUUUUUCGUCGUAGGAGAGCAAUACACGAAUAUCAUACCUUCUGGAAUGAUGAAGCGAGUUGAGAGCGAAUAUCUAACUCCAUUAAAGGCUGCUCAAGAAAGUGCAUUGAAGUCUUUAGCCUCGACCAACGACAUAGGAUCUCCACACAUGGAAUUUGAAUUAUUGGGUGAACAGAUCUCAAUGUGUUUUUCGAAACUCCAUGAGAAAUGAUUGAUGAUUGACGAGUUACGAUCAAUGAAUACAGGUAAAUGAAAGAGGGGAUAUACUUUCUUGUACCGUGGUUCAUCUGACGUCUUUUACGGAGGUUUGGAGUAUGGAUACCUAGAAUAUAUGUGCGAAUUGUUUGUGUAUUUACGACGAAAUGAACAUCAAAGAUUAUAAGACUUUUCGAGGAAUUUGCAUCUUUUUGUGACAGUAAUGGUCAAUGAUUGACUCGGGUAUGGUAUAUUGCAAAGAUCUCGUAUGAUUUGGACCCAGAAGUAAUUAUUACUUUGAAUAGAAAUUCUCUACUGUUGACUUAUUGGUAUGUUUGCAUAUAACGGCACUUGCAUAUCUCCAGUUAUCGAUUGACUGGGUACACAAAGUAAAUCAACCUCCA